AUGGCGAAACUCAAGGCACAUGAAGAACUCUCCACUAAUGCGAAUACUAUCAAAGCUCGCAACUGCGUCUCCAACCUUACUGAAGAUGAGAAGGCUGUUCACUUAGCACUCAAGGCUGACCAUGCUGAUCUGAGCUACUACUUAAAGAAGUUAUAUAAGUCUGCAAAGUACAAGACACGUCUACAGAAUGAAUUGAAGGUUGAGCGUAUUUGUGUUCAGACUGAGAAGGGUACCCAUGCAUCUUGCAUUGCGAAUCAGAAAGUCAAGAAUAUUAGCGCCUCUUCUUCUCCACAAGCCCCACCAUCUACUCCGCCCAAACAACUUCUGACUGAGCUUGCUGCAUUUGAGGGUAUCUCAACGCGAGAUAUUUUAAAUGACGAGGCUGUUCUACCAGAUGAGCUUUCCGAUGAAGAGAUCACUAGCACCCAGGCUCUCUUAACUCAAGCGCACAUUGAUGCCCAUGAAGAGUCCAAUUUCCGCAAGUGGCAACAUUUCUGGGAUAGCUGUAUCCACUCAUAUACGAGAAAGGCUGGAAAGCUGAGAAAGAAGCCUGAGCGUCUCUUUGAGUAUAUGCCGUGGAUUGAUGUAGAGGAAGGCUUCAAAGAGGCGUUCUUACUUGUCUACUCUAAGAAGUUUGAUAAGGAAAAGUGGGCUAAGGUAUCAGCUGCACAGGAUAUGUUGUUCCUGGAGCUAGAGUAG